UCCUUUGCGCUAGAAAUUUGGAAGAUCAACGCGCAAACAGGAGGAGGGAAAAUGGAAGUGCAGACUGUGACUGUAACUGUAACCACCAUUUUCAGCGCGCUCUUCUUCUUCACCAGCCAGUUCCCGCCUGUUGUCUCCUUCAGUCAACCACAAUGCAAGGCUUGGCUUGUACAAUCGAUUCCUACCGAUAUGCCGCAGCUACAGCGGGUUCAAGGCGUCCUAUCUACACGAGAUGUAUUUGUAUGGUUAGCUGGGAACUCGACGCAGCGAUUGGAUAUCAUUGCUCAGUACUGGGACUUACUAGCGGCUCCUGAUGAUUCUCGCUCGGGGGAAUAUGGAUAUUCAAAUGAGGAUUUGAAGAAAUUUGGCGCUUAUCAAGGUUAUGAUGUUUAUUCUGCCAUAGAGAAAGCUGCUGAUCGCCAUGUGAAUGUCAGGCUCGUAUCUCACUCGGGAGUAUAUCCUAACUAUGGAAAGGAACCAGCUGACUUAGCUUCUGGGAGGCCAAACGUGCAGGAUGUAACUUUAUUACUCGGUGAUUGGUAUGGGUCAGGCAUAGUCCAUACCAAAGUUUGGAUAUCUGAUGAUAAAGAUGUGUAUAUAGGGUCUGCAAACCAGGACUGGAAAUCUCUCUCACAGGUGAAGGAACUCGGAAUAUAUCUAACUGGCUGUCCAAGCAUAGCAGCUCAUGUCAAGGUCUAUUUUGACAAUCUAUUGAAACUCUCAUUUCUUAAUCACACGGAUUACACAAGAACGGUAUUCGACCACCAAUGGCAGAUACAGAGAAAAGUUCCUUGCUGGUCAUAUUUUAUCGAUCCCGAGUCUAGAUGCAGGUCACCGCUUCCACCAUAUGUGAACAUUCCCCAUACGUUAGGAUAUCCAUUUAUAUCAGAUCCUUCCACACUCAACUUAUCAAUCCAAACUCCUGGGAGCAGCUUUUCAACCUUGCUGCCUCACUCUUGCUAUCUAUCUUUCGCUCCUCCAGAGUUAUUAUUUGGCAGGUACCAAUCUGAUGAACAGGCAUGGUCGGACACAAUUAAAUCCGUGAGCAGUGGAGAAAUUGUUAGGAUUAGUACCAUGGACUGGCUGGGUCAGUCUGAAUUUACCACACCAACAAUUUUCUGGUCGUCCUUGUCUUCUGCAAUAUCAGAGGUCAUCUUCUCUAAAAAUGCAACCGUCAAGUUAUUGGUAUCGUACUGGACACAUUUUGUCGAGAACACCGAUCCAUAUCUCAAGUCUCUUCUCUACUCGAACAUCCUCUGCAACUCUUCAAAAUUCAAUCAUUGUUUUGGAAAAGUUGAGAUCAAGUACUAUGUCGUUCCCGGAUACAACCGAACAGGACCAGCACUUUAUCCGAACGGAACUAGAACAAACAAUACAUAUCCCAGUUUUACAAGGGUUCAACAUGGAAAGUUUGCAGUUAGUAACGUUAGAGCCCACAUAGGAACAAGCAAUCUUGCGUGGGAUUACUUUUAUGCAACCUCUGGUGUUAGCUUUGGAACAUACAACCCAGCUGUUGUUAAGCAGCUUCAAGAAGUGUUCGACGCUGACUGGAAUUCUCCUUAUACUGUCCCUGUUGAAGCCCUACAGGACGGCCCUACAUUUUCCAGCUGAUUUGCCCUUGAGUGAAAGGUUUGAUGAAACUGCAAGGAACGAGCUCUUCACUUGAUUGUUAGUGUUACAAAUCCAAUUUCGAUUUGGUGUUGAAGGAUGACAUUGUUAGUCUGUGUUAUUUAGGUUACUCGUACUCAAAAUAGAGUUGAAAACAUCUUUGAUUUGUCUCCAAGUUUGAGUUAUUUGAAAGUUUUAAAAGUUAGGGUCGGUUUGAAA